AUGGGUUCUCCAAGUAACCCUCCCCUCGAAUCUCCUUCGCCUGCUCUAAAGAGGAGGCUCGUCCAGCCGGACGAGGGCUCGGUCGCCGCCCUCAUGGCGUCGCUUGUCUGUCGCAAGACCUUGGACCCGGUCGCAGUCCACUACAAGAUAGGAAAGAAGACCAAUGUCUUCCUUCCCGAUAUCUUACAAGCCCCGACCCAGCUUGUGAUCGGUAGUGCCGAAGAGCACUCCAGGUGGCUGCAGCUGGGCGACCUCCAACCUGGGGCGCCGCUCGAGCAAGCCGUCGCCGCUCUUGGCAAGGUCCAAGAAGAGGAAACGAGGAAGAGGUGGGGAGCCGCUGGAGCGAGGCGAUCGCUGCGCAGUGGCAGCAAAGCGCAAACGUUGAUGUACAAAUGA